AUGGGCGGGCGGGCGCGCCGCUCGCUGUUGGCGGCGCCCGCGGGCCUGCUGCUGCUGCUGUGCCUGCUCUGGCCGAGGGGGGCACGUUGCGGGUACCACGAGAAGCGGCUUCUGCACCACCUACUGGACCACUACAACGUACUAGAGAGGCCCGUCGUCAACGAGAGCGACCCGCUGCAGCUCUCCUUCGGCCUCACGCUCAUGCAGAUCAUCGACGUGGACGAGAAGAACCAGCUUUUAAUAACAAACAUCUGGCUUAAACUAGAGUGGAAUGAUAUGAACUUGAGAUGGAACACUUCGGAUUUCGGCGGGGUCAAAGAUUUACGAGUACCGCCCCACAGACUAUGGAAACCAGACGUCCUUAUGUACAACAGCGCGGACGAAGGGUUCGACAGCACGUAUCCAACGAACGUGGUGGUGAGGAACAACGGCUCGUGCCUGUACGUGCCGCCUGGCAUCUUCAAGAGCACAUGCAAAAUCGACAUCACCUGGUUUCCCUUCGACGACCAACGUUGCGAAAUGAAGUUUGGCAGCUGGACUUAUGAUGGAUAUCAGUUGGAUCUACAGCUACAAGAUGAGGGAGGUGGAGAUAUAAGCAGUUUUGUCACGAAUGGCGAAUGGGAGUUAAUAGGAGUGCCCGGCAAGCGCAAUGAGAUUUAUUACAACUGCUGUCCGGAGCCGUACAUCGACAUCACGUUCGCGGUGGUGAUCCGGAGGAAGACGCUCUACUACUUCUUCAAUCUGAUCGUGCCCUGCGUGCUCAUUGCCUCCAUGGCUUUGUUGGGGUUCACCUUGCCUCCAGAUUCUGGCGAAAAAUUGUCAUUAGGUGUAACGAUAUUGCUGUCGUUGACGGUGUUCCUCAACAUGGUAGCGGAGACAAUGCCAGCGACAUCAGAUGCUGUGCCCUUACUCGGCACUUACUUCAACUGCAUCAUGUUUAUGGUGGCAUCAUCCGUCGUCUCCACAAUCCUAAUUCUCAAUUACCAUCAUAGGCACGCAGAUACACACGAGAUGAGUGAUUGGAUUCGAUGCGUGUUCCUGUACUGGCUGCCGUGGGUGCUGCGCAUGUCUCGGCCGGGCUCCGCCACGACGCCCCCGCCGGCGCGCGUGCCUCCGCCGCCCGACCUAGAGCUGCGCGAGCGCUCUUCCAAGUCGCUCCUUGCGAACGUACUCGAUAUCGAUGACGACUUCCGGCACCCGCAAGCACAGCAGCCCCAAUGCUGUCGAUACUACAGGUCCCUCGACGAUCUACACGAACACUACUCGCCGUCGGGUGAAGAGAACGGCGCGGGAUUGGCCGCACACAGUUGUUUCGGUGUCGACUACGAGCUCUCCCUCAUUCUGAAGGAGAUCCGAGUCAUCACAGACCAGAUGCGCAAGGACGACGAGGAUGCGGACAUUUCGCGCGACUGGAAGUUCGCCGCCAUGGUCGUGGACAGACUGUGCCUUAUUAUCUUUACCCUGUUCACAAUCAUCGCCACGCUAGCCGUGCUGCUGUCCGCGCCGCACAUCAUGGUGUCGUAG